GAGCUGCUUUCAAGUUUCACUGUCAGCUGUGAGUCUUGAGUCCGACUCUGACUCUCAGUUCAUUUAGAAUUUUGAUUGCUCAAGAAACUUUGAAAGUUGGCAAGGAUAACACACAUAAGGAUAAGCGCUGCUCUCUGAGUCUCUAGCUUCAGCUGAUAGGGGUGAGCUGCAAGAAGCUCGAGGGUUGGGAUAUUCGUUUCCUUAGGCUGAGGGAAGCCGUUGAGAGAUCUUGAUCAGACGCUGGAUGAAGCAGGCGGCUGGCUUGUUUCCGGCCUCUUUGAGAGGGUAAGCUGCAAGGAGCUGCUCGGGUAUCAGCUUGGCGUGUUGUUGCUGAAGCGGCAUCUCUGCAGUGACACCAACAGAGCUGAGCUGACGAGUAAAGCUGUAUCUGAGCGCCCCUGCAAUUCUGAGCAAAGAUGGAAGCUGAAAGUCAGAAGGCAUUUGAGGAACUGAAGAAACGGAUGUUUGAAGCAACAAGCAAACUGAGGCAGACACAGGCGCAGAUUACGGUUGCAAACCGCAGCAUAAAGAAGGCAGUCUUAACGGGACAAGAGCUUCAGCAAGUGCCAGAGAAUACCAGAACGUACCACUCUUUAGGCAAAAUGUUUGUUCUUGAACCAAGGAACAAUCUUCUUAUAGAACAGGCUGGGAUGGUAAGGGAAGUAGAACAAGACCUUGAAAAACUCAAGAAAGCCCAAGAGUAUCACGAGAAGGAGCUGAAGGAAGUCGAAAGUGCUUUCAAAGAGUUACUGUCAUCGUCACCUGCACUCGCUAGGGAGAUCUUGGCGGCACAGGGUUGAAGGUAGGGGUUACGCAGCUGAAUCCCGGUCAUACGGUCGCAUAGUGACGUACAAAAGUGACACGGUUUUCAGUUGCGCUGUGACACACAAUAUAGGCUCUCGGCGCUGCACAUGUCCUUUGUGGAGGACGCAGGCUACUCGUUUGUGCCGGAGCUCAAAAGGCGGCUUGGAAUGGCCCGUAGAUUAUUGAUCGUGGACUUGUGACGCUUGAUCUAGAGUCGUCUUUGCGGUUGCAAGUUUGUCACGCUCUAUUGAUAUUGCAUACUGGUCUCUUCGAGGGCGCUCUGAACGACUACGCAUAUUAAGUGGUGUAGUCAAAUGAAGGUCAGCU